AUGUCCACCUUAACUCUUGCGGUGGCAGACUACUUCAAGCAAGAGCCGCAGCAGGCUGCACCAGAACUCAACCAUAAGGUCGGGCCCGUGGGGAUUCCAAAGCUGAAGAAACUGCAAUGCCAUAGCCAGCUUCUUCUGUCGUCGCCUCACGGCUUCCUUUCCACGUCGGCGCCGCCUUUGCACAAGGCCUCUACUAUCCCUAAGGCGUCUUCUGUGGUGCCCGUGCCACACAACAACAUUAACAUGUCAUAUACUUGCUCUUCGUUUUCGAAGCUGGCGCCUGAUCUUGUUAGCUGGCCGGAGAAGCCAAAGCCUAGAGAUGACGCUUCGUACGAUCCAUUGUCUACUCCACAGGUGCUCAUCUCUGGAUCCAAGGCUGAGAAGCGCGAGCCCCAAGCCACUGAGUCGCCUCAGGAGAAGCCAAAGCAGUUGCCAAAGGAGGGACCAAAAGAAUCGCCAAAGGAGGACACUCAAUCUCCAAAGGAAGCUGCUGGAUCUCCUGCUGAGAAGCAACGGUCGGCCUCAGAUACCAUGCCUCCUUUGCGUAAACUCAAGCUGUCUUUGAAACUUCCACAGCUCCACAAGUCUAACCUGACGUCGCAGCUUUCUCCAAAACUGGUUCGUUUCGCCAGCCGUCUCGAAAAUGUCAAGACUUUUGACGGUAGAGACUCUCCGCUUGCCGUGUCCGUGCAAAACACCCCAAUGGGCUCUCCCUCGCACUUUGAUUUCGACGUGGAAGACUAUUUCUCAAACAACAGCAACUUCACUGACUUGGCUCUUGGUUCCGACGAUUCCGACUCAGAUCUGGACUCCUUCUUCUCGUCGGUCCCUCAGCACAGCUACAGGGUCAGCUCCACCAACUUCACCCCUCCUCAGAACAUUUACGAUAAGAUUUCUUGUCCAGUAUACCUCCAGAGCGUGUGCAUUGCCCUGGAUAAGAAGCUGAUGGUGCUCACUGUCAUGUGCGAGAAUUUGGCUUUUGAAAAGAACCUUAGCGUCAAGAUCACCUUUAACGACUGGCACUCUACCGUCAUCUACAACAACGCUCAAUACGUGAAGUCGUUCUCCCUGUUGAACUUUGACCAGUUCAAAUUCAACAUCCCGCUCACCCUGCUUCCUAGCGCCAUCAACACUCAAUUUUGCAUUAAAUACUCCGUUGCGGGCUCUACUUUCUGGGACAACAACAACACUGAGAACUAUUCUGUCACCUUGACUUCUUGUGGUAAGCCAAAGCCUAAGCCAAAGUCAAGAAGAUCCAAGAUCAACAGCUCCUUCGAUUUCAGUGCUCCUUCAUUCCCUGAAUCAUCGCCUAGGUUGCAGUCAGCUGGCGACACCCCACCAGCGAAAAACCCCGUCCCUUACACCGAAUUGGUUUCUAAACUCAUGAAUGUAAAGAAGGACGAGCAAAGGCGUGUACCUUUAUUUAAGUCGUUGUCUACAUCAAACGUCAACGCCGCCCCUCCAUCCAGACCGGCUUCGCAGGCAAGGCCAAAGUACUCCAAGUCAUACAAAGCACGGACAGCAUCCUCGCCUCCAGCACAAGAACCUAACCUUCUGGUCGGUAACGGAUCUGUCACUCCACCACCAAAGGAAGCUACUCCAGCAGAAUCCAAAGAGGAGGAAUCUAUCCCUCGCUCUGUUGGAGCCUUCCACGAAACUCAAUUUAAUUCCAACACUUAUGCGGCUUUGUUGCGCACAUACUGUUUUAGUGGUACUCCAUCAGCUAACAACUCUGUUAACAAUUCACCUACUAAUUCAAAUUCAUCCAAUAGGCCAGAAUACGACUGUGCCUCACCUGCAUCCACGUUUCACUCUUUGAGUGAUUCGAUCCACAUUUAA